UAAAUCUUAGAAAGGUAACACCAGAAAAAACCAGGAGAAAACAGAAAAGAAAUGAAAAAACGGGAAGCAAAACCAAUAUAGAAAAAUAAAAAAUUGUGCGUCGAGGCACUUAUAGACGCGCGUGUUGGGCCUUACUGGUCUAAUGAGGCGCUGCAGACGAAUGUCAGGGCAACUCCAUUGCAAGACGCUUCGGUAGACGCUUAAGAAGGAGAAAUUAAUUUCUUAAAAUAAAAAUUAUGCUAAGCGCCUCCGUGACCCAACGCUUGGCGCUAGUCAUAGGUGCUAACUUUUCGUGAAACCGGCCAGAAAUCGAUCGCUGGACGUCUGGACUCAUCGUUCCUAUUCGUGGGGUAAGGAAAAAACAGCUAAGCGGCCGCCUCCAGCUUUUGCGUCGAUGCCGAGGUGAACGUCAAAAUUUGUUGGCUUAACUGCCGAUUGGGAAGGAUAUUAAUCCCAGCGCCUGCUCUUAGCGCCCGGCGUUGUAGAUGCCCUCAUGGGGAUUGCUAUAUCUACACGCCCAUUUAACACGGGUAUCAUGACGGUUCCAUUCUCCUAAUCACUAGCAUAUGUACCUCGACUGGCUCAUUAGAUUCACAAUGAUAUUAGCUGUGGCAACUUGGUCAAUUUCUCAACCAAGAAUAUUAUUACAUAUGUUCGAAAUAACAUAUGUGACGACUCGCUCAAUGGCGCGAUAUCUGCAACAGCCGAUGUCAUGCAUAAAUACAUUACAUUUCUUUUUCAUCCCAUGAGGAAUCGUCGAGGCCGUCGACCUCAUAUUGCACUCUUAGCAUAGACCACAGCUUGAUGGUGCAUUAAGAAGUGCUUUUGCUCUUGAUUCGGAAGAAGAAGAAGAAGAAGAAGAAGAAGAAGAAGAAGAAGAAGAAGAAGAAGAAGAAGAAUAUACCGUACAAUCUUAUCAAAAGCUAUGCCAUGCAUCCUGGUUCACGUUGCUAUAUGCAUCUCUGGAAAUUUUGGAGCUGAACUUUAAACAACCACUGUCAGGCGGGGUAGACAUCAAGAAAAAGAAAGUGGAUGCAUUGGAUCUGCGGAGGUGGGCCAGCCAAAUCGCCGUGACCAAACCAAGCAACCCGAGCCACCGAAACAGAGUCGUCCCCUCUGCCCUCUGGUCUCACCGUCACCCAUACAAGACCGGGACAAUGCAAAAGCUCUUUUGGACUGGGAAAGGCCAGGCCGAGCGUGUUCUCCCUCCCAGGCAUUGGCUUCUAGUGUACAAAGUGAAAAGAAAUAUCCUUUCCCUCAAAAAGAAAAAGUAAAAAGAAAUAUCCGGCGCAACGUGACAACAGACUUCCUCAUGCUUGAGGGACCCUGAUAAAUCCUUAUUUCAAAUAAUUUUUUGUUGCAAUUUUAGUGAUUCAAGUUUGGCUGACAAGCAUUACAACUCCGUGCUCAAUGUACUUUUUUUUGCUAAAAAGUUUACCGUGUGUGUUAACUAAACCUGUCAUCCUCACGUCAUUAAAAUUGCCCUAAAAACAUUAAACUUGCAAUUGCCAAAUACCGAACCUUCAGGAUUUAUCAUUUUCGUAAAAAAAAAGCACCAGAUUGAAUAUCAAAUCCACUCGAAACAAAUAACUAGGAGUAACAUUUUUCUUUUCUUUUAGGGCAUGUCUUAUACGAUGGCUGCUAGAGCAUAUGCAAACAUAUGUGAAAUGCUCCACCUUGUAAUUCAUGAAUGUUUUAGUUAAAACACAAAAUUAGAGUAAGGGUGAACAAAGCAUGUCUUUGUGUCAAAUCACCCGAUUUUAUUUUCUUUCAGUGUAAGUCGAUUCUUUGAGCCGCCGCCAGAUCUUAUUUGUACGUUUGUGCAUGUGUCUUCUACAUUCGGCUGAACCGACCACCACCACCAUGGGAUGAUCCGCUUGUUGCCGCCACCCAUGGCCGCUUUGUCGCCUCGCCCUCCCCUCACCGCCUCCGACUGCUACGCCGCCGCUCACAACCGCUCGCAAGAUCGUCCCCAUCUCCGGGGAGGUUCUCGCUCAGCCUCGCCGCCGCUGACAGCGCCGUUGCCGGCUUUGGUCUCGAGCUGCGAUUGUGUUCACUGUUCUCCCUUAAAUCGCCUCACACAAAUUUGAAAUUCGAUUGUGAAUAGCUCCUACACCAGAAAAAAAAAAGGGUGAGAGAACCCUUGACAGGCUGUGCUCUGGGCACAAGACGGUUACGUGAGUGACGUGACGUAUGGCUUCCUCCGGCUUCGCUUUAAACCCCACCCCCUCCCUCCGGAUCCAUCCCCAUUCCCAUUCCGAUUCGCUCCUUCGCUCAGAGACAGGCCAUGGCGCUCCAUCUUCACCGCCUACCCCUCCUCCUCCUCCUCGUGCUAUCCACCGCCUCCGCCACCCACUCGCCGGAGACCGCGCGCACCCACCACCACCACCACCGCUCGCCCUUCGGCACCGCCACCGCCCACUUCCACCCCGUCCCUGCCGCCGCGCCCUCCAUGCACCAAAACCACCUCCACGCCGACACCCAGUCUCUGCUCGCCACCGGCGACGUCGACUCCUUGCUCUCCGACGCGCAGCCAACGGACGCGGCGGCCACACCGCCUCCCGCGCUCGUCCUCCCGGUGCCGGAUCUCGCCGAGGCGACGCCGCAGCCGCAGGAGGAGGGGCCCGCUGCAGCGACGACAACGACGACGACCAGCACGCUUCUCCCGCUUCCUGCCACGGUGGCGACCACCUCGAGCCCGCCUCCGCCUCCCGCCGUGUCCGACGCCGAGCAGGGGCUGCAGCAGCUCGCGAGGGUGCUCACCUCCCUCGGGUACAACGAGAUGGCGUCGGAGGCGCCGCUCCUUGCCCGCGCGCCGCCGCUCGCGAGGUGGCCUGGGGCCAUCACCGUCUUCGCCGCCCCCGACGCCUUCCUCCAGGCGUCCUGCCCCAUGUGCUCGCGCCGCCACCUCCUCGAGCAGCACAUCGCCAUGGGCUACUACCCCUACUCCGACCUCGCCGCCGCCGCCACCAUGAAGAUCCCCUCCGCCUCCGUCGGCUUCUGCAUCAAGGUCGCCACAGAGCGGGGCCCCUUCGGCAUCCACUACGCCAGGAUCUACGCCGACGGCGUCGAGGUGUCCCACCCCGAGCUCUACAACGACGGCCGCUACGUCGUCCACGGCCUCCACGGCUUCCUGCGCCCGCUCACGCACUCCUGCUUCGACGGCCCGCACCACCACCACCUCACCGGCCGCUCCGCCGCAGCCUCCGCGGCCACCGCCGCCUCCGUGGUGCGCAUCAUGAUCCGCGACGCCAUGGCGCGACUCCGCGACGGGGGCUACGGCUUCAUGGCGCUGGCCAUGCGCGUCAAGUUCGCCGAGCUCGAGAAGUACGCCAACCUGACGCUCUUCGCGCUCGACGACCCGGCCAUCUUCGUCGGCGGAGGCCACGACUACGUCCCGGCGGUGCGCUUCCACAUCGUCCCCAACCACCGCCUCACGCGCGCCGACCUCCAGCGCCUCCGCCCCGGCACGGUCCUCCCCACGCUGGCCGGCGAGGGCCAGAGCCUCGUGGUCACCCACUACGCCACCGACUCGGCCUCCUCCAACUCCAACGACGUCCGCAUCAACUACAUACCCAUCAAGGAGCCCGACGUGGUGGUCAACUCGCGCAUCGCCGUCCACGGCGUCUACGUGCCGUUCCCCCGCCUCCACCUCGCCGACCUCGCCGCCUCGGUCGCCGUCGCGUCCGCCACCGACCAGAGGAACGACACCUGCGGCACCGGGGGACCCUUCGGCAGCUGCGCCUCGUCAGCGUCGGCGAUCACCUCUCCCAAGAGGCAAGUAGCUCAUGGCGAGUGAUGCGUACGUGAGUCGUCUCGAUCCUUUUGCUCUGUUAUGUUUCUAGCCAUGGAGGAUUUACUGCUACUAGUGCGUAGUGCUUUGGAUGAGUGCUUUGGGCAGUCGUUUAGUUAGUUCAAUAGAGGUUCAGAUGAGAGAUUGGGCAGUCGUAUCGUGGUGAUGAGUACAUUUUGUGGCACCGAAUGGUUGUUGCCUAGCUUAUCCAGUGCGUCUUGAAUGAAUUUUGAUGCGAAUUCGAUUCAUCUUCU